AUGUCACUGCAACGCAACCGUCUCCUAAGCGACAGCAGCCCAGCCUGGCAAAUCGCUGAGGACCAGCCAUCCAAUAUCAGCACAAACUUAAGGGCGUCAGCGAACCGUGACAAGAAGCAGUACUAUAACCGAAGCCGUCAGUGGGGGAGCGGCGCAAACAGCAAAUCUGUGCCGUCGCGGUGGGUAGCGGAUGAGAGAGAGCACGACUUGAUGGACGAAAGUGAUCGACUCCCGGCGUCGUACAGGCGCUCGCGCUCGGCGAGCAGGAACCACUACCCCACCACCGAGCAGGAGUCUAGAAGAACGAGCCGUGCGUUGAGCUGCCGCUGGGUUGGCGACGACGACAACGACGCCGCCGCCGCCGCGAACCGAAGUAGCGUCCCAGGGUGCCCCCCCCGCGGGGGCCCCGAGGCACACGUGAGCUGGAACUCCGCCAUUCCCCAUGCGCCGCAGCACGUACAGCCCAGCUCACUUCUCCUCGCGCUCGUAAGGGAUGUAGCGGCUCGCCGUGGAGUGCGGUGCCCGCCGAUUCCCCCAGAAGUUAUCAUUGCCUUUGAGAGUAGUGUGGCUCGCGGUACAUUCAUGCUGAAAUUCGUCACUCACGGCGCCCCACACGAGCGUUUUUUUGUUAUCAAAUUUCUUUAUCGAAAAUCAGAUUUGGGGGAACUGCAGUCGGUUCUAUGCUGGCACGCAAGCUCGCAGAGCUGGACAAUGCGGCGGUGCUUGCCCCUGGCCGACCUUAUCGCCGUGAUUGACGGUGGUGACGGUCACCCCGCCGUGAAAAAGCGAAUGGUUCGGCCCGGUGUGAUUAAGGGGUCUUACUUCGACUUGAAAGCUAACUAUUUGAAUGCGGAUUGGAUUCUGCAGUGGCAUUUCCGAUCCUCUUCCGGAGAAGAAGAGCUACUAGCAGUAAAACUGCCGAGCAGGCAGUUUUACAUUGCUUGGAGCAUUGUGACUGAUUUUUUUUGUAAGAUCGGAUGUGUCGAUCUGCCUUAA